GCCCUUUCCGAAGAGACGCGGCCAAGAUGCGCACUUUUACAGAGACUAAUGAACUACCACGCAUGUGCUCCUCUUCCCCUGGUAACACCUAAACGUGGGCAAUAACUGGGCUGGUAAACACAUGGGAGCAGGGCAGCAAAGGCGGAAGUCGAACAGAAGAAGAAACGUACCUUUAGGAAAUUCACCUACAGAGGUGUCGAUCUGGAUCAGCUCCUCGAUAUGUCCUACGAGCAGCUGAUGCAGCUCUACAGUGCUCGCCAGCGUAGGCGUCUGAACCGCGGCCUGCGUCGUAAGCAGCAUUCCCUCCUGAAGCGCCUUCGCAAGGCCAAGAAGGAGGCCCCUCCCAUGGAGAAGCCAGAGGUAGUCAAAACUCACCUGCGCGACAUGAUCAUCCUCCCCGAGAUGGUGGGCAGCAUGGUCGGCGUAUACAACGGCAAAACCUUCAACCAGGUGGAAAUCAAGCCCGAGAUGAUUGGCCACUACCUGGGCGAGUUUUCCAUCACUUACAAGCCAGUGAAACAUGGCAGACCUGGUAUCGGUGCCACCCACUCAUCUAGGUUCAUUCCUCUGAAGUAAAUGAUGCUUCGGGAAAAUGUUUUCUAUAUGUAAAUAAAGAAAAUGCUCCUGCCUGA